AGUUCAGAUGUUUCCAUGAAGAGCGGUUCGUCGGAGCAGAAGAACUCAACGCUGCACCGUGUCAAAGGAGACAGCCGGAUCUCUCUGAAGACACAAAACCCCAGACCCAGCAGGAGAAGGAGCACUGAGAGCAGCAUGGAGGAGAACAACGAGGCCCCCAGACCUCAGAAACAGAGAAGAAGAAGAAAAGAACCCCAACUUUUCAGCUGUGACCAAUGUGGGAAAGAUUUCACUGAAUCAAGUAAACUUCAGAGGCAUUAUCAUAUUCACACAGGAGAGAAACGACAAAGCUGUGAUCAAUGUGGGAAAACAUUUUCUCAAAAAAGUAAUCUUUCAGCCCACCAGCGCAUCCACACAGGAGAGAAACCCUACAGCUGUGAAGAGUGUGGAAACACUUUCACUACAUCAUAUAAUCUCAAAAACCAUUCUCAUAUUCACACUGGAGAGAAACCCUACAGCUGUGAAGAGUGUGGAAACACUUUCACUACAUCAUAUAGUCUCAAAAAUCAUUCUCGUAUUCACACUGGAGAGAAACCCUACAGCUGUGAAGAGUGUGGAAACACUUUCACUACAUCAUCUGUUCUCAAAGAUCAUUCUCGUAUUCACACUGGAGAAAAACCAUACAGCUGUGAAGAGUGUGGCAAGUCAUUCAUUGCAUCAGGUCAACUCACAAUCCAUCGUCGUGUUCACACUGGAGAGAAACCAUACUGGUGUGAAGAGUGUGACAAGUCAUUCAUUACAUCAGGUGAACUCACAGUCCAUCGUCGUGUUCACACUGGAGAAAAACCAUACAGCUGUGAAGAGUGUGACAAGUCAUUCAUUACAUCAGGUCAACUCACAAUCCAUCGUCGUGUUCACACUGGAGAGAAACCAUACUGGUGUGAAGAGUGUGACAAGUCAUUCAUUACAUCAGGUGAACUCACAGUCCAUCGUCGUGUUCACACAGGAGAGAAACCAUACUGGUGUGAAGAGUGUGGGAGAACCUUUUCUCAAAGUUAUAACCUUAAAGUCCACCAGCGCACUCACUCUGCCUCCAUCUGAUCAUUUUCUGAGUCAAGCUAGCAUUCCUCCUGAUUUUCUCCAAAUGUUCUAAUUUAAUUUAAAUGUAAGGGUUAUGCGCAUUCAGUGUCCAUUUACUGUUGAGUCCAGAGUUUUACAUUCUGGAGGAGUUAGACACCCCUCCUAUAAAAUGCAUCAUAA